GCGACCCAUCGGCCGAGUUGCCUGCUGGCCUUCUUGGGCAAAAGGUGGAUCUUCAUGACAACGCCUGCGCAAGCAACCCCGUUGCUGCAUGUGCUUUGGGUGGGGCCUCUGGUCUUGGUGCCAAAGGUGAUCUUCAGCCACGCCACAUCAACCAUAUGACCAUGGAAGCUUUUCAUGCCGAGUACCUCCUUUGGGCAGAGGGUGCUGGGGUGCCUCCAGAGCAACGGGCUUCCAACAGGACUUUCCGGAAUGUCUAUGACAAUGGAUGGAGGCAACUUUUGGUCAUGCGGAAGAUUAGUCAACACAGCAGGUGUGAUCAAUGUGCGAAAUUCUCAGCCAGAAUUGGUAGUUGUUCGGAUGCUGAGCGCCCCAAUGUUGAGAUGGCCCAAAAGAUUCACAUCGAUGGCGUCAAGGCUUUCCGGUGCUUGCAGGAUCGACUUCAGAUGCUUUCCAUUGAGUCGACCACAACGACAGAGUCUGCGCCAACACAAUCUGUAUUGAAGAUAGACAUCGAUGGGCUAGAUCAGGCCAAGACGAGAUGGCCUCGGAAUCUGAGCUCAGCAAAAGCACUGAGCCAACUUUGGCGCCCCAAUAUUCACAUUGUGGGCUUCAUUGCCCAUGGAGCACCUUAG